GCCGGCCGGCCGGGCCUGCGGGCUCCCUGGACGACCCAACUGGCCAGCUGGGCUGCGGCGGGCGGGUCUGGGAUGGGAAACACCUUGGCUCUGUGGUAAAGAAAGGCCUUGAACUCUGGUUGAGGAGCAUGGAGCUGAUAUGAUUGGUGAACAGCAGUUGUGUGCUGGCCCCGAGAUACUAAUCAGACCUUCUACCUGACUCCCAGGACACAAGGCUCAGUACCUGCGGAAGCCUUCUAGCCAUCCCUUCCGGGCAUGGGGACAACAUGUCUGCACCCAGGAAAGCUGCAGCAGACUCUAGAAAAGCUCAGAAUCAGCGAGAUGAGCGUGACAAGGACGACCUGAGCUUCUGGGUGUCUUCGUCUUCAUCAAAUCAGGAAAGGACACGGAGCCCAGUACCUCAGCAGGUUUUUGAAAAUGAAGCUCGCCCAGAGAAAGUAGGAGUCUCUCUUCAGAAUUUCCACCACAGAGAUUAUGAGGAUCUUUUUGAAGACGCUGAAGACAGUGAGAGUGAACGCAUCAUGUGGUCAACCAGUAGCUCUUUCCUGCGGGACAGGUUGAGCAGUGAGGAAGAGCUGGUGGGCCCGUCCCAGCCUGCCUCCACUCGGCUUCACGGUGUAAAAAUUGUUUCUGAGAUGGAGCUAGCUGAGUUGGCUCAGGUUCGACCAUUAGUGUCCAGUUUUGAUGAGCAAUCAACCAUCAAGGAAACUUUUAAAAUGCUCGAGGAAAAAAGAGCAGACAAUGAAAUCACCCAGGAAUUCAUGGCUUUAGAAUUUAAGAACCUACCUGGUGAGUUCAACUCUGGGUCUGAACCACGCAACAGAGACAAAAACAGAUACCGAGAUGUUCUUCCAUAUGAUUCAACACGUGUUCCUCUUGGAAAAAACAUGGACUACAUCAAUGCUAGUUAUAUUAGAAUAAUCAAUUCUGGAGAAGAGUAUUUUUAUAUUGGUACCCAAGGACCACUACCAGAUACCACAGAUGACUUUUGGCAGAUGGUCUUGGAAAAUAACUCUAAUGUUAUUGUCAUGAUAACCAGAGAGCUAGAAGAUGGAGUUAUCAAAUGCCACCGUUAUUGGCCCAUUUCUAUGAAGAAGCCUUUGGAAUUGAAAAACUGUCAUAUCUUCCUAGAGAGCUACCAGAUACUUCAAUAUUUCGUCAUUCGAAUAUUUCAAGUUGUGAGGAAGUCCACAGGAGCUCGGCAUGCUAUAAAGCACUUGCAGUUCACCAACUGGCCAGACCAUGGCACUCCUGCCUCGGUAGAUGGUUUUAUAAAGUAUGUGCGCUAUGUGAGAAGGAGCCACCUCACAGGACCCCUGGUUGUUCACUGCAGUGCUGGCGUGGGCCGGACCGGGGUGUUCAUAUGUGUGGAUGUUGUGUUCUGUGCCAUUGAAAAGAACUUUUCAUUCAACAUCAGCGAUAUAGUGGCUCAAAUGAGACAACAACGUUGUGGCAUGAUUCAAACAAAGGAGCAGUAUUACUUUUGUUAUAAAAUUGUGCUUGAAGUUCUUCAGAAGCUUAUGACUUUCAAGUAAGAAAGACUUCUGUUGCCUCACACUUGAAAUUGCCGAGUGGCCUGGAGCCUCCUGGUAAAGAGCACGUUGGGGCUGUGCUGAAGGGCUUUGCUUGUGGGUAGAAUGUGCUUUCUUCGUGGAUCAUUUGAUCUGCUUUCCAACAACUCCCUGAAGGCAGCAUCGUUUGGUUUGGGAUGGACAGUGCUUACCUGUUGAUCUUACUUGGGUAAUAUCAAAAUGCCCCUACAUUUUCCAAUGAAACAAACAUUACAUAAAACAACUGCAGCCUUUUUGGUUGAAGGAUUACAAAGCCCAAAAAAGGACUUAAAUUAUAGUCACUAAGAUUUUAUUUGGAAAGCCAGCUGAAGGGCGCUGAGCAUUUCCAGGACCUUAUAAAGCUCUUAUUCUGGGAGAACAAAGGGCCAGUAAACUUCAAGAUCACAGCAUGACCUCUUAGAGGCAUUUUCAAGACAGGUACUUACCCAUGGUUUUUAGCCGGAGUCUGUACUUUAGCUGGUAUUUAAAUAACUCAGUUCACUUCAGAGUCCAAUUAGGAUGGGUUAACUUUCUAUGCAAAUUGGAUUCCAUCCUCCUUUACUUCCAUGCUUCUGUGGGGCCCCGAGGACCUCAGAGGACGAGCUGCCUUUCUAGAGCAGCUGGACAGGGACCUGUUGGUCUGGGAAGCGUUUCGUGGGUGGGCAGAGUGCCUCCUCUCCAUCACAUGAGCACACUGGGGAACAAUUCAACACUAAAAUAGAUGUUUAUAUAGAAAGUCCAAGAAGAAGUUUUUGCCCAGCUUGAGUUCUUUCCUAUUCCACCCUAACACUUAACAUGCUAUUCAGUCUGCUUUGUUAAAAGCAAAUAUGACAUUUUACUUGCCUCUUAGUCUUUGCCCUUUGGCUAACGAAUAAACUUUGAUACAAGCAUUA